UUCUCAGCUUUGAACACCGUUCGUCCAAAAUACUGUGAAAACGUUCCAUGGUUUACCCAGGAUCUCUCUUCUGAGAUUAAAACAGAUAAGGAAGCACUGAAUGAAGAAGAGAUGCAAGAGAAGCACUUUAAACUUGCCCAGAUCAGAGACACCGAGCAGUAUAAGCCUUUAGAAGAUGGGAAAAUUGCAAAGAUGCUGGAAGCGGCAAAAAUGAAAGUCAAGACAUUCAGUUUCAUAAAAGAUGUGAUCGGUCACCUUGUUGUUUUAGCAGUUGUCUUACAUUUUGCUUAUUCUACUGAGAACACUAACUGUUUCCACUACAACCAGUUUAUUCGGAACCAGUUCUCUCCCAGACUCCCUGCUGUGGUUAAGCUAGCAGAUAUUUACAUGUGGGUGAACAACACCUUCUUGCCUUUGAUCCACAACGACGUUCAGCCAACUUUUCUUACCGACAGCUCAUCCAAAAUCAUCGGUUUGCCUCGGAUGAGGCAAGUGCGGGGUAAAGGUACUGAGAAAACAUGCUUCCACCCUCACAGCUUUGUAAAUAAAUUUGUGAUCAGUAGAAGCCACUGCCUUCACAAAUACGGCAGGGACAUGGAAGAGAAAGGUGACUAUGCUGGCACAUGGACCAAAGUCGCCAACCGUUUUUCUGAGGAUACCAGCAGUUACCAUGGGUUCACUUACCAACCAAACAGGACUCCCUGGACUUACGUCUCAUACGGAGAUUUGCACACAUACGGACCAGGAGGAUACACGUUUUACUUCUUCCCUGAAGAAGGAAAACAUAAUUCCACAACGAGGCUGGAUUUGCUGCAAGAGAGCAACUGGCUUGAUGAAAAGACCUGGGCUGUGAUCAUCGAACUGACCACGUUCAACUCUGAUGGAAAUCUCUUUUGCAGUAUCUCAGUCAUAUUUGAACUGUCUUAUUUGGGGAUCAUAAAACCGACUUUGUCAGUACACUCUUUUGCUGUCCCCAUUUUCCAUCAGCAAACAAAAGGUCAACAAUUGUUUUUCCUAACCGCUGUUGCCUUUCUGCUCGUGUACAUUGCAGACGGCCUCUACAGCAUGGUCCAAGGAAAGGAAGAUACUAAAAAUAUUUCUGGGACAAUCAGCUUCAUCUUAAAAUCGGCAUUCUUCCUGCUUGUUCCUUUCCAGGUUUUAAAGUUCAAGAUGGGAGCGGAUAUCGUUCAUUUUUUCUUACUUUAUCCAAACGAUUUCAUUCCUUUUCAUGCAGUUUCUCAUCUAGAUCAGAAUCUAAGGAAUACUUUGGGCUUUUUGGCCUUUCUUGCAGUUUUGAAGACGCUAAAGUAUUCUCGAUUAUUUUACGAGGUGCGUCUGGCUCAAAGAUCAAUCUUGGCAGCCCUUCCUGGGAUCUCCUCUAUGGCCUUUGUGGUGGUGGUGUACUUCUUUAUCUUUAUGGCUUUUGGCUACCUUGUGUUUGGCCAGCAUGAAUGGAAUUACAGUAAUAUGAUUCGCUCCGCUCAGACCGUAUUCUCUUACUGCGUCUCUGCCUUCAGAGACACUGCAUUUUCGUCCAGCAGGCUGCUGGGUGGUUUUUUCCUCACCUCCUUCCUGUUGGUGAUGACCUGUGUUUUGAUCAACCUCUUCCAAGCUGUUAUUAUGUCUGCCUAUGGAGAUAGGAAACAACUUGUCUGUGAAGAGCCACCUGAUGAAGCAAGAGCGGUUGCUUUUCUACUGCAA